AUGAACGAGUGGUAUCGCCCGGUAUUGUCUGCUCCCUCCUGUGGAUGCGGUAGGAUUGAGUUCUCGGCUUUUUGGGAGAUGUGGUGGUCGUACUCAGGCUAUCUCUCAAGCCUCACGAUACAUAAUAGCGAUGGCGAUGGGAUGAACACGGAUUGGGGCAGUCCCGGACGAUCCGGGAUGAGCACGGUCGAUUUCAACAUGGGACCCAACCAGGAGCCCAUAGGUGGUCCAGUGCCUUCUCAAUUGCCCACGAGUGUCGGACAGACUUCAGGAGCUGCAUCUCAGCCGCUUUCGGCAUCUGGUAUGGUGGGCCAACAAGGACCAGCUCCGUCUGGUCAGUCGACGGUGCAUCAAACUGUGAGGCAUUUUCCGGUGGCCGGUGGCCCUGGGCAAGCGGAAAUGUAUGGCCAGCACGGUGUGCAUAACAUGACUGGUGCCGUGAGACCGAGUGGCCCGCACUUGUCCACUGCUCAAAAUUCACAAGGCAGCAUGGCCACUGGUGAUAAUCAACCGAUGGGGAACCUGAUGUCGGGACAGACAUCCGUUCUACCUCCGGGACACGUGAUCACUCAAAAUGCUUCUACUUCCUCUGCACCCUCUCUGCCUGUUUCUCCUGGCGUUAUUCAACCCCAGCAGCGGCAAAUGCCCGCAUCAGGAACCUCACAAGGACCACCUACGUAUUACAGUAUGCCUCCGUCCGGGUCUGGCUCUGCACCUGGAAGCUCGGAUAUGAUAUCGUCCCCUGCGUUGCCUUCGGCUCCUGUUGGUGCCACUAAUGGUUAUUCCCCGUCGUUGCCAAAUGCAGUCACCUCACCGCCUGUCCAACAACAACAGCAGCAGCAGAGAGCUACUCCGCAGCAGUCAUCUGGACAAGUGCAACAAGCUGCUGGACAGCCAACCACACCCCAGACUAUGAACCCGAAUACCCCCGUGGUGACCUAUGCUGGGGUUUCUUCGCCGCCCAUUUCCAGCUGGAGUAGCUCGACUUCGAACGCUACUUUGUCCUACACGCAGAACAACCAAACAUCGUCGUCAUUUUGUAAGAAUUAUUAG